GAUACAUCAGUGGCCGCUUUUCAGAUUUUAGUUUACGAAAACUGUUUUAAUUGGGAUUUCAAUCUGAUACGGUAAAAACUGUUUUUGGUUGGUGCUUGCAAAAUGGCCGACGUGAUCCCGACUCUAAAGUCUCCUGAGAGGACAACCAUUGUUCAAAAUCUGGCUGAUCUCCUAGCACGGGAUGCAGCGGUCGUUUCCUCUUCGGACGACGUCAGUGAAAACGAAAUACUUAAGGAAGACGGGGUGCCCGAAAUGCACGGGGCGUCUAUUUAUUCCGAGAGACCGCGAACAGAUCACCAGGAUAGAAUGGAGGAGGAUCAACCGUUUGAUCUUAGCACGCGACGAACCUCAGCGUCGGACAUUUUGCCAAGAGAAGGGAAACCGACAACCGGACCUGAUCCGAGUGAAACCGACGUCUCAAACGAUGAACACUACGAAGCAAAUACGAAGAAAGGCGAAUUUAGUCGUUACCUUAACGGCAUGAUGUUAAGUCUAAACGACUUGCGUCUCCGAUGCCUUCUAUGCGAUGUUAUAUUUAAAGUCCAAAACGAGACGUUCCACGCCCAUAAGGCAGUAAUGGCGUCUUGUAGUGAGUUCUGUAGGAAGAAAUUUCUGCCCUUGUUGUACUCCCAAGACCACCGCGAUUCGGAGAUUUUGACACUGGAAAUUCACAAUGUAUCUGUCCUUGGUUUCCGACUGCUACUAGAUUUCAUAUACACCGGGCAACUGGACAUAAACGAUGUCACAGCCUCCCAUAUCGCACAAGCCGCUGCCACCAUGGAAAUGACAGAGAUUGCUGACAUUGUGGAAAAGCAUGCAAGGGGUUCAAUGAACAAUUACCUUUCGAACUCAGAUGGAUCACCGUCAAAGCGAAGUGAGCUCCACGCACGGUCGUUGCCUUUGCAGGGAACUUCAUAUUCGCAAUCGCUAGAUCUUUCGGUAAAGCCGCAUUGCAAGAAACGUACAAGCUGGAACGGAAUGGACUCAGAGAGUAAAGAGAACCACUGUAAACCACGUCGAUCAUCGGAUUCAGCGAGGUCAGUUCGCACACAAGAAAUUGAACGGGUACCUGCAGUAGACCCAAGGUCCCCGGAGCGUGGGAAUCCAGAAAUAUUUAACCUUAGAAGCGGAAACGGAAUCAUAAACCAAGCCAAACAGUUAAGCGAACAAAAUGAACAGACAUUUUCUUGCGACGAUUCGCAUACUCAACACUGGAAGAAGAAGUAUCACUAUCUCGAGCAUGAAAACCAGCGCAAUGAACGUAAAGAGCAUGGCAGUAAAGGCGUAUACGAACAAACGAGGUAUCCUACAAAAGAAGAAUCACAAUACCAACAGUCGUUGCUUCAUUAUAGCAAGGACAAUUCGCCUAAUGCUCUCGCACCUCAAAUGGGCAGCGGCCGAUCGCCACAACAAGAAUACCAGUUCCGACUUCAAUUCAAUCGACUGUUUAACUGGAUGCCGCCGUUAAGUGGUGGGGAAAAUCUACUGGCGCAAAGGGUGUCGGCAUUCAUGCAGCCACAGUUGGCCAGUAAGCCGACGUUAGCGCAAACUCAGUGGGCGAACUUUCUGCGGAAACAGCCGAACAACUACCAAAUUCCGAUGAGUUUUCGACCAGACGUUCUUCCUUUUCAACCAAACUUUCUUUUCCCCCGUGUGGACGGUACAGAUAAUCGAAAUGGUUGGCGCGUGCCUUUCGUCCCACCUCCGGCACUAAGUGUGAUAAACAACCAAUACCAACAGUCUACCGCCACAGGGACAAGACUAAGAUCGCAAAGCUCAACCAACACUGAAGAGCCGAUGAACGUCGAUACCACCUUACCUCCGAAAUUGGAAACCAAACAGUCACCUAUCUACAUUAACAGUGAAAGCAAUGAGUCUCUCCCAAGUUUAGAAUCGAUGAAUACGAUGGAAGAACGGAGAAGUUCGGGAAGUGGAGAAGAUAAAUCAGAUGACACGAAAAGCAAACCACCUUGUAACACAAGAGUUCGGGCGACAGGAUCCAGUAAGCCGUACAAAUGCGAGUUCUGCGACGCUGACUUUAAUCGGCCAGCUAACCUGAAAACUCACAUGCGAAUCCACAGUGGUGAGAAACCGUUUCAAUGCGAAAGGUGCAAUGCUCGCUUCGUGCAAGUGGCGCAUCUCAGGGCCCACGUCCUCAUACAUACAGGGGAAAAGCCAUACCCUUGCACAGUGUGCGGUACAAAGUUUCGGCACUUGCAAACCCUGAAGUCCCACCUUCGCAUCCACACUGGUGAGAAACCAUAUUCCUGCCAAGAGUGCCGAGUUCACUUUCGCCACAAAAGUCAACUUCGUCUUCAUUUGCGGCAAAAGCACGGAAUACAAACAAACACAAAGAAAACUUACAAACAGGUACCCGGUCUCUGCAGCGCAGACAUAUGCGCACAUAUAAGAAGAGCGCAAGAAAUUGCAAGAUCUCAAACUAAACAGAACUCUAACAAUGCUCCAUUUAUGGAACAAUCUUCUUCGUGCAGUGAAGCCAUCAAGCAAACUGAACAACACCCAAAAAGCUUUGACAACCCGGGGGAAAAGAUGCGAGGUCUUAACACAGCUUUCUCUCAUUAGUUGCAACUACAUUUUCCACAACAUCUCCGCAUAUAUAGGCUAUAUUGUGACGAAAUACUUGACACCUUAUCUUGUUGUUUCUAAUUCCGUAUUUAAUGUUUGUAUAUAUUUUUGUCGCAGUUUGUUGUCGCAAUCAUUGAAUUAUUAUGAUCUUGAUUAAACGUAUUCAUUGCCAGCAGCUUAAACGAAACCAAGUACACAGUAAUGAAGAUGACGUUCUUUUAUAAAAACAAAUUCAAACGCAGAAAAAAUGCAAUGUAAAAACAAAACUUUAGCAGCUUAAAACAUGAAGUUAGAGUGUUCUAUUCGAAAUGGGUAAGAUUCUUUGGCAAAUCUUCGGAUACAGAACAGAGUUCGCCCGAUAUUCCUACUUAAAAUGUAGGUCUUUUCGGUGGUGGAAAUAUAAAACAACGACUUUAUAGUGAGGUAUUGACUCUGAGUCAUGGUUGUUUUAAACGUCUAGAAUCUUCUCUGCUGUGGCGGUCAUUUUAUAAUACGUCAUCUUUACUGUGUUUAAAGUAAUUGUCAAGAAACAUAAAACAA